AUGUCGUCUGUCAACAUGGGAAAGCUCACCUACUCACGGGACCUCCUCUUGGAACUCCGCGACGCAGCACCAACGCCAGAGGAAAGAUUCCUUCACGACCUACCCCCAGAGUUACAUCGCGGGCAAAGGCAAAAGCGGAUAAGAAGGAAAAGGGGUUCCAGAGGUGGGAUACGCAACAGGUUAAGGAGAAGGGGGAGCCGGCUGCCGCUACCAGCCAUCACAUUGUCAAAUGUGCGAACGCUCCGGAAUAAAACAGACGAACUUUCAGCGCUAAUAAAGUCGGAUCUGGAUUACCAACGAACCAGUCUCUUCUGCUUCACGGAGACCUGGCUCACUAGAGACGUGGACUUUGAGCUAGAAGGAUACAACAUCAUUCGGUUUGAUAGAGACGCUGUCAAAACACGGAAGGCAAUUGGGGGCGGGGUCUGCAUGGCUGUAAACAAACGGUGGGCCACCAACUACACAACUUCAACCAAGCUGCAGAGCGCAUAG